CGAAAAACUUGCCGGGCAUGGUAUAUAUUACGCGGACCUGCAGCCGUUUCCCUUUUUUUUUCGCUCUCGUCCAUAUUGAGCUUCAUUCACACUUCUUUUUAUCAUUACAAUCGCCAUCUUCCGUGACGAACCAGUUGCAUUGUUUAUUGUUAUUUAAUCAAUUUUUCCUCAUUCAAAUUUUUUGUACCCAUCGUCUUCUUUUCAGUUACGUCUUUUUCCUCUUUUUGGUUUCCAUUUCAAAAUAUCUGUCACUAUGGGUAAUCAACAAUCCCAACAACAAAAAGACCCUUUUCCAAAAGUUGCCAUGUUUACACUGUCCUCCAAGGCCAAGCGACGAUUAUCGCAUUCACCUGGGUUUCAGUCGUAUCUUGAACAACCUACAAAAAAGACCAACUAUGCUCCUUCUUUCAUGUCAAUCGCACGUCAUCACAACCUCCUUUCGUCGUCGUCCCGAAAAAAUUCAGACGCUUCCGGUGGCAGCACUGUCAGUUCGCGACCAUCCGCUAAAACGCAUAAAACGGACGAUUCUUCUGAUACCGUGUCUGGUGUACUGACGUCUCAUACGGUAGCGACGACCACACUCCAAAACCAUGAUUAUGUGAUGAUUGGAGGACGACGAUACAUUGCGCCUCACGUUUCGCAUUAUUUUCUGCCUUGUGAUGAUGACGAAGCUGAUCGACAAAUUGUACUGCAUUUUCUAUUGAAAUAUACCUUCCAUGGGAACUUUACAGCUCCAGUGACUGGGCUAUUCUCCAACACGGCGGAUAACCAUCGUCCACAAGUCCUUGAUAUCGGUUGCGGUCCAGGCACCUGGAUUCUGGAAAUGGCGUCAGAAUUUUCGGGAGUUGAUUUCCACGGAGUGGACAUUACGCGUAUGUUUCCCGUGGACAUUAAGCCUUCGAAUGCCUUUUUCAAGCAGGCCGACAUCCUUGAGGGACUGCCUUAUGAGGACAACACGUUUGAGUUUGUCAAUAUGCGAUUGAUGCUGGCCUGUCUUACGAAAGAACACCUCAUCUUUCUGUUGGCUGAAGUGUCGCGGGUUCUCAAACCAGGCGGUUACUUUGAAAUCGUCGAUGUUGAAUACAAUAUUCAACGACCCGGUCCACUUGCUGAUAAAGUGGUGAACCAGAAAUUACAAAAGAUUAUGGCGUCUCAUAAAAUUGAUCUCCGUCUGAGUCACCAGUUGUCGACGCUCAUGAUGUCGCAGGGAGCAGGCUUGGUGGAUAUUCGUCACAGUCGUCACAGUCUGCCACUGGGUUGGGGAGGCCAAACCGGGGAUCUUCACGCCCAAAACAUGGAGCAGUUUUUGCGGUCGCUGAACCCUAUUGUGCGUCGACAUUCGGACGGAACGGUCAUUACGGAUGACGAUAUCAAGCAAGUGAUGGCGGAAUGCACAAAGUACCAGUCGCACCUGAACUGGUAUGUUUGUUACGCACGCAAACCGUGUUCAUCGACAGUGGCUCCGUUGACCCCACCUCCAUGCAUUGAGGAUCUGCCCGGAAAAGCUCACAACGGCGUGGAAAAACCCAACAGCACGCCCCAUCUGGCGGGAGAAACGUGGGAAUCAAUUCAAGACUUUAUCGAUGGCUAUGUCGAUUAGAUCACCGCCGCGAACUUUCCCCUGCAUCCGUAUACAUAUACCUUUCAUGUUUAUUACCACUACUUGUAAAUAAUUUAAUCUGCAUCAUAUCAACCAAAAAAAACUGCUUUGCACUAUAAAAUUUUUUACACAUUUCCACAUCAAGCCAAUAAAAGAAAAAAGGAUCGUCUGUUAUCGUAUCAUAAAGUAGCACGAG